CACCCUCCUGCCCUGCCCUAAUUCGCAUUCCCGGAUCAUGAUCACGGAAAUCGUGAUACCUAGACAAAAACAACAUACUCCGUAGAGCGUGAUCAUCACAGGAUCCCGAGGCUGUGUCUGUUCGCUCUACAUCAUCCAGUAGAUAGGUGUCUAGUCUAUUCCAAUCCGGUUACGUUGAAAUAUACCUACAACCCAAACGAACCACAAGGCAACAAACAAUCCCUGCAGAGAAUAAGGACCACGCUAUCUCAUGUCAUCAGCACCCACCACCACCACCACCACCAUCAUCACCAUCAUCACCAUCAUCAUCAUCAUCAUCGCGCAUGAUUUCCCCAAAACGGCUGAUCCAAUCGGCUACUGCGGCCGCCUUGUCAGCACUAGCCGUGCCCAAAACAUUCCCCAUGAACCCACUUUUCAACUCAGCCAUGCUCUCGGGUCUGGACAGCUUAAUGAUGGCAGAGGUGGGGUUUUUUUUCGUAUUGCUCUGGGGCCAGGCUGGGACUCCCUGCUGAGCUUUAAAAAUGGUGAUGCAGACGGGGGGGGGGGAGGGAGCAUUAACCUAUAACUAGGUAGGUUAAAUACUCUCCGGUCUGCAGGG